AUGCUAUCAUCAGGCAGGCAGGUCCGGUCCUCGGUGCAGUUGUGCAAAGCUCACCCGUCUGUAAACUCCGUCCAAAAACGCCAAGGCGUCAAGGCAGCCGCGGCUUUGUGGGGUCUCCGCUCCGCUCCCUACCAGACCUCCCCCUCCUUGGGUUUUUCUCCUUCUCUUCCUACGACCUUCUUCUUCGUGCUCGACCACGAAGCUCAAGAUCUGCCGGAAAUGGCGCACUUUCUAAGAGCCAAGCAGGCUGGCAUCCAGAAGGAUUUCUCAGACGGCCUGUCGCCGGAUCUGUUCGCUCUCGACGAUUUUGCCCGCUACGGCGUCAAUUCCCAGAUCAGUGCUAUCGCAUACGACCCCGUCCAGUCCCUCCUUGCCGUCGGUACCAGCGAUACACAGUUUGGAAGUGGGCAGAUCUAUGUUUUCGGCCAGCGUCGGGUGUCGGUCACCUUCUCGCUCCCCCGAAAGGCGUCGGCCAAGUUCCUCCAGUUUUGCGCCAACAAACUCAUAAGCGUGGACUCCAAGAGCGAAAUCUCGGUCUAUUCGCUGGAGACGCGACAAACCCUCUUCUCUUAUGCUCCCCCGAACCAUGUCAGCGCGGUAUUGACCGACCCCAGCCUGGACUAUGCAUUCAUCGGUUUACAAAAUGGUGACAUCAUCGCCUACGACCUCGAUCGCGAGUCCCUGACGCCAUUUAAAAUCCCCAACCUUUGGGCCUCGCGCAACCCGAGAGCUCGAUUUUGCCCCGUCCUUGCGUUAUCCUUCUCACCUCGCGAUAUUGGAAAGAUACUUGUUGGAUAUCCCGAAGGUGCUGUGACGUUCUCUUUCAAACAGAACAUCGCACAGAAAUACUUUGAAUAUGAGGUUCCGCAAGGUGCCUUCGGUGGAAACGGCGAGGUCCCGGCACACGAACCGCGCAGGCCGAGGUUGACCCAGGCCCUGUGGCAUCCGAAUGGGAUUUUCAUCUUGACUGUUCAUGACGAUAACAGUCUUGUCUUUUGGGAUACGAAGGAUGGCCGUAGAAUCAUGGCUAGGUCGAUUCAAGAUGCGAACAUCGACCAGCCGGGCGCUGGCCCAGAACGACCACUCUCAUCCGGCGGUGCUGUUGGUCUGAAGGACCCUAUCUCCCGUGUUGCUUGGUGUGUCAAGGAGAAUGGCGAUGACAGCGGGCUGUUGAUCGCAGGUGGCCGCCCCAAGGCCGAGUCCAACAAAGGACUUACGUUCUUAGAUCUGGGCCCGACUCCCAAUUAUCAGACGUCAUCCUGGGCUAUUCUUUCUCGGUAUUUCGAGACUCCACGACAGAUCAUGAACCUCCCAACUCCACCGGGUGCGGAGGUUGUUGAUUUUUGUCUUAUCCCGCGCGCCUCGCCUUACUACGCUGGCUGUCAUGACCCCAUUGCCCUGAUCUCUCUACUCUCCUCGGGAGAAUUGAUUACUAUGAGUUUCCCAAGUGGCCACCCGAUCACCCCUACGAAUAUGCUGCAUCCCUCCCUUUCAUUUGUUCAUCCUUUCGUCAAUAAAAUGGUUCUGACGCCAGUGGACCGCUCUGCUUGGUUGGGUUUGAAGGAGAGGCGAUCGCAAGGACCAAAGUUCCUUCUCGGGGGCGCUGAAGCGCACAAGACCCUCAAGCGAUUUGAACAUCGCAGCGUAAUCACAACGGCACAUGCAGACGGCACUGUUCGUCUGUGGGACGUGGGUCAUGACGACGAGAUUGAAAAUGGCGACGUCAUUCAGGUGGACUUGGCUCGUGCUGUUGGCCGAGUCGCAGGUAUUGAAGUCACUGAGAUGGCCCUGGGUGGCUCAACUGGCGAGCUGUCGGUUGGCCUCCGGACCGGCGAGGUUGUUAUAUUCAGAUGGGGCAACAACCGAAGCUUUGGCAACGAGGGACCCUCCGGGACCAACGAAGGGGCAGGAAAAUUGACCAACAUCACUCACCGGACCGAUCCUGGACUCAAACAAGGAAUUCUCCCUCUGACGCUCUUGAACAUGCAGCAAGGUCCAGUCACUGCUUUGAAACACAGCCAGGUUGGUUUCGUCGCGGCGGGCUUUGAAGGUGGCAGCUUGGCCAUCAUUGAUUUGCGCGGGCCAGCAGUCAUUCACACUGCACAUCUUUCGGAGCUUACGAAGCCCAGCAAACGGAGUAGUUUCCUCAAGUCUCGUUCUCCCGAGCAAGCGCCCCCGGAAUGGCCUACGAGCAUUGAAUUCGGUGUAAUGACAUUGGAGGGCGAGGACUAUUCUAGCAUUUGCUGCUUUGUUGGCACGAACCGAGGAAAUUUCGCUACCUUUAAGAUUCUUCCGGCCAGCAAUGGAGCUUAUGAGGCUUCGUUUGCUGGGUCAAUCCCAUUAGAUGAUAGAGUCAUCAAGAUUAAUCCCAUUGAUGCAGAAAGUGGCGAGCUCGCCUUAGCUACUCCGAAUGCGGUUUCUGGUCUGAGGAAUGGCAAUAGAACCAACGGCGUUGUCCUCGCUGUGACUGUUUCUGGCUGCCGGAUCUUCAAACCUGCGACAUCCAAGGGCGCCCAUAAGUCUUGGGAUGAUUUUCUGUGUGAUUCGGCUGCCGUGGUCAAGACCGAAGGUCGAGGCACUAGCUUGGUUGGACUAUUUGGCGACGGAAACACGCGAGCUUUCUCCAUUCCAGGGCUCAAAGAGAUUGGGUGCAGCGCCAUCAACAACAUGGUGGAUAUGAGACGCCUAUCGGAUUCCACUGUUUCUUCCAACGGAACGGCCCUUGUUUGGACGGGCCCUUCUGAGAUAGGGUUGUUUAGCGUGUGGGGAUCUGGGAUCCCGCUGUAUGAGGCCCCUUAUAUAUUAACAUUUGUUCCGACGACCGACCGGAUGCUGAUGGCUUAUCUAGGAAACGUUCGGAGGACCAACUUUUCAAUGUCCAAGCUGUCAUUCCCCCACGGCCUACUAUCACAAACAUCCAGUGGAUAUCUGGUACCCAAUACAUUUCUCCUGCGGAUAUGGACAUCCUUAUCGGAGGUCCCGAUCGUCCUCUGUCCAAACGGAUGCAGGAGCAGAUGCGCCUCGAUGACCAGGAAAGGCGACGAACGGAGAGGGAAGGAAGGUCCGCAGCCAACCAAGCUCCGCAAGGUAGUGAAGAGGGGUACUUCUCCUACAUGCAGCGCCAAGUGCAAGAGCGCACCGAAAGAAUUGGAACGGCCGGAGACCAUAUGGAACGUUUGGAGGAAAGCAGCAGUGGCUGGGCCCGUGACGUCAACAAGUUUGUGUCGAAUCAGAAGAAGAAAGCCGUCCUUGGUGUAUUGGGAUCUAAAUUUGGGUUGUAAUCUUGCCCGAGUGUCGCUAUUCUACCUUUCUACCUAGCGCCUAAUAUAUCCCAAGCCCUACUCUACCCCUUAAUACAAUUAUGGGAAAUGUCCAUGUUCUAACGAUUUGAGAAAACAAAAAAUAACUUAUCUUCCGCUACAUACCCCUACUUUGCUGGCGUUGGUUCUGUCUCGUUGAAUGUGUAAUCUUUGUCCUUU